AAAACAAAAUGAAAACAACCCUCAUAUUGGCCGGAAUAUUCUUGGUCGGAAUUUGCCUCUCCUGGCCGGUUACAUCUCAAAAGUGUAAUUGUGCUCCGAAAGAGUGUUGUAGCAAGUACGGCUACUGUGGCACCACAGACGCUUAUUGUGGAAAAGACUGUCGACGUGGCCCGUGUUCUCUACCAGCUCCUUCAAAUAAUGCUAAUGUCCCUGGUAUAGUGACAUCGGCAUUUUUUAAUGGGAUUGUUGCCAAGUCUGCAGCCAACUGUCCUGGAAGAAGUUUUUACACACGAGAUGUGUUUCUUAAAGUUAUCGGAGACUAUCCACAUUUUGGUAGAUCCGGUUCAAUCGAGGAUUCGAAACGCGAAAUUGCGGCUUUCUUCGCUCAUGUGACUCAUGAGACUGGAUACUUUUGUCAUAUAGAAGAAAUAAAUGGUCCUUCAAAAGCUAGAGAAUACUGCAAUACGACCAACACUCGAUAUCCAUGCAACCCAAACAAGGGUUAUUAUGGGAGAGGUCCGAUCCAACUCUCAUGGAACUACAACUAUGGUGAAGCUGGAGAGAACCUCGGGUUCGAUGGACUCAACAACCCUGAGAUCGUGGCUAAAGAUCAAGUGCUUUCAUUCAAGACCGCCUUGUGGUUUUGGAUGGACAAGUGUCAUUGGGAUUUUGCUUCUGGUAAGGGGUUUGGAGUUACAAUCCAAGCCAUCAACGAGAAGGAGUGCAAUGGUCGGAACCCCGGUGCUGUGACCUCUCGUGUCGGGUAUUACAGUGAUUAUUGUAACCAAUUUGGUGUCCAAACUGGCACUAAUCUUAGGUGCUAGACUUUGGUUAUAUUAAUACAAUGUGAAAACCGACACCUGUCUAGGCGGCUUUUAUGGUUUUUCGUUGGUGAAAACCGACGCUUGCCUAGGUUACGGUAUUUCAUCAGCUAGACGUUAUGUGUUUAAAUCGUUGGUAGUAAUCAUUAUGUGUGAAAAUAAAUGUUUUCAUGGUCAUAAAUAUUCUUGUAUUAUAUUUCAAGGUUAUAAUAAAAAGCAUUACUUUACA